AUGACUUACCGUAGUCACUGUAAAACUUCGGGACCUACCAAGGGCGAACUCCUGAUCGAAGUCCUCUUCUCUGGUGCGAACCAUUUCGAUAUUACCAUGGUGCAGCUCUUAGGUUGUCGAUCUCAAGUCCUUGGCAAUGACUUCUAUGGACAGGGUUCAGAUGUCACAGACACUGCUUUCAGGCCCGGUGACAUCGUGGCCUGCUACACGAUCGCCAAUAGUGGUCGGCCUAUUCGAUACGCGCAAGAGCACCUGCCUCAUGCUGAUGCUGCUGCACUCACCACCAUCGUUCAAACAGCCAACGAUGCACUUUUCAAUCAUGGUGUUGUGGUUAUCUGGGGCGGCGCCACAGCUGUUGGUAUAGCCGCUAUCCAGCUAGCACGUAACAGCAGCACCAAGUCUAUUAUAGUCACGGCAUCGCCGGAGCGCCACGAGUUCCUCAAAGAUAUGGGCGCAACACGCUACAAUAAAGAGAGAGUUGUACAGGACAUUACGGCGGCUGUACAUGAAGCUGCGUCCGGGCCGGUCCUAGGCUUUGAUGCAGCUGGUACUCCAGACUCUGCAAAACAUCUCUCAGACGCCUUGGCAGACAAGGAAGUUGUGAGUUUAGCAUCAGUCUAUGCCUGGGCUGGAGGCCGGUAUGAAGCGUUCAUAGGCGGCCGUCAUUACGAUGUGAUUUUUCAACCUCCCGGGGCGCCAGCCCCUAUCGUCAUGCCUGCCAGCCCAGUUGAGGCGGCGAAGAUGUGGGGCCGACUCAUGUGGGUCGUUAAGCACUACAGGAAGGAGUCCAUAAUACCAGCUACCUAUGUCUUCCAGAGUACCGGACAGGAAGCUCUGGAAGAAGUUAAGAAAUUCGCGAGUACGGGGAGGUUUGGAACGAUUGCACUGAAGCAUCCACUGGCAUAGGGGUUGAAAAAGCGGGAAUUACUGCAGACACUCCUGUAGAAACUUGGAAGCCCAACGCUUCAGACGGUACGCAUAGGCAUCUUCAUACCUAUUCAACAAACCAGAGCCCAGAUUGCGGAACAGUUUUGUCGUGUUAAAGCGAAUUUUGUAUCCCGUUUGGUAGGUUGCCUGACCCAUAGUAGAUAGACUAGACAGAACAGUAGAGGAAAAUGCUCCGUGGGGGCUUGCUUAUCUU